AGCCCAAGACCUCGCAGCAGCCGGGAGCGGGAGCACCGCCGCCCGCCCCGUCCAGCCGCGGCGCGCAGCUCCACCCCUUCCUGCCCAGCCUGGCCCAAGAUUCACGGUCAACCUCAUCUCUUCCCCGAGGCCUGGCAACCACCAUGUCCCCCUGAGCCUCCAAGGAGGGGGCUCAGGGGCCCCGAUGGCCUCCCGGCCCCCGCGGCCCCACAGCCCCCCUGGGCCAUGGGAAGCGCCUGAAAGCCCCAGCGCCGAGGAUGGGCAACCGUACAUGGGAGGGCUGCCACGUGGACUCGCGCAUGGACCACCUCUUCCCGCCUUCCCUCUACAUCUUCGUCAUCGCCGUGGGGCUGCCCACCAACUGCCUGGCUCUGUGGGCUGCCUACCGCCAGGUGCGGCAGCGCAACGAGCUGGGCGUAUACCUGAUGAACCUCAGCAUCGCCGACCUGCUGUACAUCUGCACGCUGCCGCUAUGGGUCGACUACUUCCUACACCACGACAACUGGAUCCACGGCCCUGGCUCCUGCAAGCUCUUCGGCUUCAUCUUCUACACCAACAUCUACAUCAGCAUCGCCUUCCUGUGCUGCAUCUCGGUGGACCGCUACCUGGCCGUGGCGCACCCACUGCGGUUCGCCCGCCUGCGCCGCGUCAAGACGGCCAUAGCCGUGAGCUCCGUGGUCUGGGCCACGGAGCUGGGCGCCAACUCGGCGCCGCUGUUCCACGAUGAGCUCUUCCGCGAUCGCUACAACCACACGUUCUGCUUCGAGAAGUUCCCCAUGGAGGGCUGGGUGGCCUGGAUGAAUCUCUACCGGGUCUUCGUGGGCUUCCUGUUUCCGUGGGCCCUCAUGCUGCUGUCCUACCGUGGGAUCCUGCGGGCCGUGCGGGGCAGUGUGUCCACUGAGCGCCAGGAGAAGGCCAAGAUCAAGCGGCUGGCCCUCAGCCUCAUAGCCAUCGUGCUGGUGUGCUUCGCGCCCUACCACGUGCUGCUGCUCUCCCGCAGCGCCGUCUACCUGGGCCGCCCCUGGGACUGCGGCUUCGAGGAGCGCGUCUUCUCGGCGUACCACAGCUCUCUGGCCUUCACCAGUCUCAACUGCGUGGCCGACCCCAUCCUCUACUGCCUGGUCAACGAGGGCGCUCGCGGGGACGUGGCCAAGGCCCUACACAAUCUGCUCCACUUCCUGGCCAGUGACAAGCCCCAGGAGAUGGCCAAUGCCUCCAUCACCCUGGAGACCCCACUCACUUCCAAAAGGAGCAGCGUGGCCAAGGCCAUGGCCGCUGGCUGGGUGGCAGCUCCACCCUCCCAGGAGGACCAGGUGCAGCUGAAGAUGCUGCCACAGCCACAGUGAACCUCAAAUUAAGCAGAGCACUGCCUCCCACACCCCUGCUAAAUCUCAUCCUAUACUCCCUACCUUUUUGGUCUGGUGUAUGCAAAUUGUAUGUAAAUAAGGCUGUGUUACUCUUCAUAAGAAUAUAAGAAAAUAGGAAAAUGAUAAGGUCAGUGUGUCGCUGGUCAACUGUCAUCCUCCACCAUGACCCCUUAAAAAUUCAAUUGAAGUGUACCUAGCCCUGUAUGGGCAGUGUUGGUGACACAGUGGUGAUGAAUAAGACACCUGGCCCUCAUGGGUUCCCACUCCAAUGGGGAUGACGGAUCUGUCCCUGGACAGUGGUGACCCAGAGUGGGCAGGGCUCAGCCAGGAGAGGUCAAAGUCUAGGGAAACCCAGAAGGGCAUCUGACCUAGUCUGGGGGACAGGGAGGGCUCCCCGGAGGAGGGGAUCAGUAAAUUAAAUUUCCAGAAGGUAGAGGCACAAGGAGAGAAAAGUUCGGAUUAUUUCCAGAAAGACAGUGAAGGAGACUGACUCAAAGGGAAGGUGGAAGGAGAAAUUCACUGAGUGUGGAGUGAUCACUUUACUCCUGGGACCCUCCCAUCUUACAGGGGACAGUGAGCAGGAUAGAACAAUUCUGAGUUUUUAGAUGAACAGCAUUCUGCAAGUCAGGACUGAGGAAGAAGGGUAGAAUGU